AUGGUUGGGCUAUACGACUCACUCGACGCCGUGUUUCGGGCGUUUGUCGACCAGUCUCAUGGUUUCUCGCACCAAAGCCCAACAUCAGCGGAGCUGAACGUGGUCAUACGGACAGCCUCAGUCUUCGCCCGGGUUGACCCUUUCAUUGCCUCAUGCGCCUGGAAUGCCUCUGGAAAUGAAACUCCGCAACGUUUCCAGGAGCAUGUAAAGGAGGGUUUUGCAAAGAUUGGCAAGGACGUGACAGUCUCGCAGAUACGGAACAAUGCGGAGGCUAUCGAUAAGGUUCUAGAAAUCUCUGAAGUGAUCGAGAAGAUGGUCAAAGCCAGUGAACCACCAGAGGAGAAUCUAUAUCACACGGCGGAUGAAGACUUCGCCAAGUCGAACCUGGACGCCCGGGUCGUCCUUGGGGCCAGAGUCCGCAACGGCUUGAAAAUCUUAGUCUGUGCACUAAUCCAGCAGCUACAUUGUUGUGAUAAUGGACAUUUCCUGCGGCUGAAAUUGAGUGGGUUCAUCAACGAGGUCGACGCACAGUCAAGGCUGUUCUUUGACGCUUACCUGUCUUCGCAAUACAUCUGGAAACCCCCCCGCUGGGUCCAGAGUAGGUGCAUCAUCGCAAAUGACACCAUAAAGACGCCAGAAUGUCAUGGUUGCCACAUCCUCCGUAAUGCGGAAGAGCGAAACGAAAAUUUGAGUAUUCUGCUCGAAGAGGCUCCAAUCCGACAGCGGGAAUAUGGCACACAGGAGCCGCAGAAGGUGGACUAUCUUGUAUCUCAGACUACCAAGAUUCAACUCGAGGGCUGCUCGCCCCUCUCAUCUGCGGCAGCUCCCACGAAGAGCUUAUGGGAGCUUCUCAAACAAGGUGAGGCCGGUUGCGACUCCAGCGAAAACGAAAAUUCGGAGACUUUCUUUCCUGAAGACCGAGAGAUGAUAUGCCUGAAUUUGGCGCUCUCUCUUCUCCCCCUGUCGACCACCCAUUGGAGACGGGCCAGCUGGACCUCGGAUGGCAACACUGGUGAAGGCAUAUUCUUCCUCAGAGAUCCCGCCACCCAGAAGAUCGUCGAUAAAACUCACCCGUACCUCUCUUAUCGGCUCCAUGACAGGCCGAAGUCGGAAGAUGACGACAGCCUAAUUUGUGACCCGCAGCUUCUAGACUUUGCGAAGCUCAUUAUGGAGAUCCGCAUGUGGAAAAGAUUGCCUCUCUCUCACAAAGCCGGCAAGCUGUCCAAAGAGCAGCUUCGUCUAUACCUACUCAAUUUGAUCAACGACCGUCGGCGGUUCCGGGACAAAGACGGAAUGUUCAAGAGGGCUGUCAAGGCAUGCCUUGAUGCAGCGGGAAAGGAGGCAACCCGGGAUGAGGCUAACAAAGACAGGGCCCGCAACUACGUAUUCGACAAGAUAGUCAGGCCUCUGGACAGUUACGCUGAAUUUCCCGAGUUCUCAACAUCAGAACCGACUGAUUCGCCCACUGACAAUUCAGAAGGAACUCAGGAUCCGCUUUUCGAUUGGAAGGCAGAGUAUAACACACCCGAAGACAAAUUAUUACGCGCACAGGAUUUCCUCAACAGAAUGGACCAGUUUAUUGAGAAACACAUAAGGAACCAGACGUGCGACGAACCGCUGCCAAAACAUCGAAGCCAGAAGAUCCGCAUAGCCGUUAUCGAUAGCGGCCUGUCGAAAGAUGAUCCGGUCAUUAGACAUGCUCGCGAGCAUGACAAGAUCCGGAAGUGUCGCAACUUUUCCUCGCCAGACUACGAGGACUGGGACGAUAAGCUGGGGCAUGGCACCAUAGUGACUCGCCUCCUGCUUGAUGUGGCGCCAGAAGCUGAGCUUUUCAUCGCCAAGGUUACCAUAAACGGAGAGCAAUAUAUACCCAAGAGCAAAUUGCAUUGUAUAGCCAAGGUGAGUGAUUCCGGACCAUCAGUUAUCCUGAGGCUUUCUGGUCAGCUUGUCACAAACAAUAAUGACGCAUCGUACUCGAGAGAAAAGGCCAUCAACUGGGCAGUCCAGGUCUGGAACGUCGACAUCAUCACCAUAUCCUUAGCGCUCCACGAAGAAAAUCCCGACAUCGACGAGGCGCUCAACGAGGCUCUAGACCCGUCGUACGUCGGGGCGACGAGGAAGAUUGUAUUCGCCGCGGCCGGCAAUAAUAGUGGUGGCAACGCACGGCGGUCCUGGCCCGCGAGAAAGGACGGCGUGAUCGCGGUGCACGUCACCGACGGCCUCGGAACGGCUGUGAACAUCAACCCCAGCAACGAAGGAGAUGUGUGUUUUGCGACGCUGGGGUGCGGCAUCAAGCACACGUGGUACAACGAGGACGACCAAGGAGAAGUGUAUAUCUCCGGAACGUCGUUCGCCACACCUAUCGCAGUUGGCAUCGCCGCCAACGUAAUGGAGUAUGCACGGCGUCGAGUCGACGACCUCAACGAGGAACGCAAGAAGCGACUGUACUCGGCUGGCUGCAUGAAGCAAAUAUUCAGGGCUAUGUCCGACAAGCGUGGCGACUACUACUAUGUCCAGCCCUGGACAUUCUGGAACGACAGGAUUCGUGGCGGACGGUGGAGGAACAGGGAUUUCCCAAUCAACGACCCCGACAACAUCGGUCUGGCCCUCAAGUAUAUCAUUACCGAUUACUAA